AUUAUGGACGACAUGAAUAAUUAUGAUGAGUUUGGAAAUUACAUAGGUCCUGAAAUAGAUUCAGAAGAGGAAGAUAAUGUAUAAAUAGAAGAGGAACAGAUGGUAGAAGAUGAGAAAGAACAUGUGAUAGCAAAUGUAAUAAAAUGCUUCUAUUUUUGAAGAGAGUGUAUAUACCUAAUCAACAAGUUGCAGUGAUUCUAAAUGAAGACAAAUAAUAUUAUCCAGAUGCAUAAUAAGUGUAUGGUCGAGAUGUAGAAAUAAAUGUGCAAGAAGAAGAUGCAUAGCCAAUAACAUAGCCUAUGAUCGCUCCUUUGAAAUCAAAAGAGUUUGAUAUUUAAGAGACAUAGACACCAUAAACAACAUUCGAUUAUGAAUUUUUAUGUAGAAUAUCUAAGAAUCCUGCUUUGGUAAGAAAUGUUGCAAUUGUAGGUGGUCUUCAUCAUGGUAAGACAUCUCUAAUGGACGUCUUUGUUAAACAAACUCAUCUAAAACAAUUUAGUUUAUAGAAAGACAUUCGUUAUACAGAUACACGUCAAGAUGAAUAAUAAAGAUUAAUAUCAAUUAAAGCAAUUCCAAUGAGUUUAUUGCUACCUAAUAGUAAAGACAAAUCCUAUUUAAUUAAUCUUUAUGAUACACCUGGACAUGUUAAUUUCAUGGAUGAAGUAUGUUGUGCACUUAGAGCUAGUGAUGCAAUGUUACUUACUAUAGAUGUUAUCGAAGGUGUUAUGAUGACUACUGAAAUGUUAAUUAAGACAGCUCUUAAAGAGAAGAUUCCUAUUGUUGUUUUAAUUAACAAAUUAGAUAGACUUAUUAUUGAAUUAAAAUUACCUCCAUCUGAUGCUUAUUUAAAGAUUAAAAAUAUUCUUGAUGAAGUUAAUAUUAUUAUAUCAGAUCAUGGAGGUAAUUAAAUUAUUUCACCUCUCAAUCAUAAUGUUAUCUUUGGCUCAGGUUUAUUUUAAUUUGUUUUUACUAUCUAAAGCUUUGCAAAAAGAUAUAAUAAUUUCUUAAAUCCUGAAUAAUUCACUCGUCUAUUAUGGGGGGAUAUCUAUUAUGAUAAUAAAGAAAAAAAAUUUGUUCGUAAAAUGUCCCCUUAUGCUACUCAAAGAACAUUUGUUGAAUUUGUUCUUGAACCUAUCUAUAAACUAUUUGGUUAAGUUGUCUCUAAAGAUAAAGAAUAAUUAGAACCCUUCUUAUUAAGUUAAGGUGUCUCUCUUAAAAAAAGUGAAUUCAAAAUGGACACCAGACCAUUAUUAAAAUUAGUUUGUUCUAUUUAUUUUGGUAAUACUUCUUCCUUAGUUGAUGUUCUUGUUGAACAAGUCCCUAAUUCAUAAGAUGGAAGUAAAAGAAAAAUGCAACUAUUUUAUUAAGGUGAUAAAAAUAAAUAAUCAUUUAUUUAAGCCUCAUAAGGUUCACAUAAAGGACCUUUAUGUAUUAAUGUUGUGAAAUUGUAUAGUAGACCAGAUUGUAUGAGUUUUGAUGCACUUGGAAGAGUAUUAAGUGGAACUAUUAAAAAAGGAUAAAAUGUUAAAUUAUUAGGAGAAAAAUAUAAUAUCGAAGAUGAAGAAGAUAUGGCAAUCAGAAAUAUUAAGAAUAUCUGGAUCUAUUAAGGAAGAUAUAGAGUUGAAGUCAAUAAAGUUCCUGCAGGAAAUUGGGUAUUAAUUGAAGGAAUUGAUUAAUUUAUUACUAAAACUGCUACUAUUGUUGAUGACACUCAAUCCAUGGAAAUUCUAAGACCUAUUCAACAUAAUAUCUUAGCAACUAUGAAAAUUGCUAUUGAACCUUUAGUCCCAAGUGAAUUACCCAAAAUGUUAGAAGGUUUACGUAAAGUCACCAAAAGUUACCCAAUUCUUACUACUAAAGUUGAAGAAUCUGGUGAACAUAUUCUAUUAGGAACUGGAGAAUUGUAUUUGGAUUGUGUUAUGCAUGAUUUAAGAAAAAUGUAUUCAGAAAUAGAAAUUAAAGUAUCUGAUCCCUCUGUCCGUUUCUGUGAAACUGUCAUUGAAACAUCAUCUAAAACAUGUUAUGCAGAUACUCCAAAUAAAAAAAAUAGGGUAUAUUUUAUAAUAGAAAUAUAAAAUAGAUUAAAGCAUUGGCUAGUCCAUUAGAUAAGGGAUUAACUCCAUAAGAUCGUGGAUUGGCAGAGAGAAUUGAGAAUGAAGAGAUUGAUUUAUCAUGGCCAAAGAAUAAAUUAAGUGAUUAUUUUAAAUCUAACUUUAAUUGGGAUAUAAUUUAAAGUAGAUCAGUAUGGGCAUUUGGUCCUGAAAAGACAGGUCCAAAUGUAUUUUUAGAUGACACAUUGCCAUCAGAGACAAAUAAAUAAUUAUUAAAUGAAGUCAAAGAUUAUAUGAUUUAAGGUUUUUAAUGGGCAACAAGAGAAGGUCCUUUGUGUGAUGAACCAAUAAGAAAUGUAAAAUUCAAGAUAAUAGAAGCAAAUAUAGCAAAUGUAAUGAUAAGAUAAAUAAUUUAGGAACCAAUAUAUAGAGGAGGUGGAUAAAUAAUUCCAACAACAAGAAGAGUGUGUUAUUCAUCAUUUUUAAUGGCAACUCCAAAAAUAAUGGAACCUAUGUUGUUAACAGAAAUAAUGUGUUUUUAAGAUUGUAUUCCUGCUAUACAUAAUGUUCUAUUAAGAAGAAGAGGACAUAUCUUAUCAGAAUAAGCAAAACCAGGUACACCCUUUUCAGUUGUGAGAGCACAUAUUCCAACAAUAGAUCAUUUUGGUUUUGAAACAGAUCUUAGGGUACAUACAUCUGGAUAAGCAUUUUGUUUAAGUGUUUUUGAUCAUUGGUCAUUAUUACCAGGAGAUCCUUUAGAUAAAACAAUAGUUCUUAAACCUUUAGAACCAGCCCCUUCUAAUCAUUUAGCAAGAGAAUUCAUGAUUAAAACACGUAGAAGAAAGGGUUUAAAUGAAGAUGUAUCUAUAUUGAAAUUCUUUGAUGAUCAAUUCUUGAUUGAUUCACUCAAACAGGAUAAAGACUAUUAAUAGUAUAUUUGAUGAGUAAUUUAUUUACAUCCCAAUGAGA